AUGGACGAGCAAGCUGGCAUUGCACGCCAGGCCCUCAACUCUAUCUAUAAAACUUCUUCCGCAAAUUCUUUAUACGAUGUUCUCUUUAGUCUUGAAGAAACCGAGUUUAUUAAUGCCAUGGACACGCCGCGUUGCGAUAACAAACACAGACUGCGCCGCCUUCGCGUGCGUCGAGCCCGGCUCCGAGACUUUGCAAAAUCGACCGUCGUUGUAUACCCAGGUUCCGCACGAGCUCUAGCUGCUGCUUUUACCGAUUAUUCUACAUCUAUAGUAUCUCGACGUUUGAGCCGCCUUGCACCGACCCAGCCUGAGCUUGUUAAGCUACUUGUUGAAGCUCUUGUGGAGAGGCACGCGUACCUUCCCAGCCAGUUGUGUGCGACCCAUGUUCUAGCAUCGGGAUUCAAGCCUGACACUGAUGGCGGUGUUGGAGCAACAUACACAGCAUAUCAUCUCAAUACAACGGUGACUUAUGUGGCCACAAAUAAAACAUGGCUGGCUUUACGUGAAGCCAUCAGACCAUCUACCAUGUAUUUUCUUCUAGCCCAUUGCUCGGUGUUUUGUGCUACAGAUAACCCCCAGACCUUGCUACAAGUUUCGGGACCAUCUUUUGAUACGGUGGUUACUAAAGAACAAGAACCUAAAGUUUUAAAGAAGAAGCAAGAGCAUUUUGACAAGGAGCGCAACUUGGCGGCUGCAAAUUCAGCCAGAAUUAUUUUUAAAAAGUCACGAAUCAUGCACAAAAUGCCAUACAUGUCUAACAAAAAACCCAUCUUUGGAUUCAAUCCUCAUUUUAUUUUGAAAAAAUAUUCGGAUGACUCAUUUGUUCACUUGCGAAUCCUUUUACGUUUCAUUUUCCCCGUCCAAUACCACAUCCCGUGCCCCCUCUCAUCACCUUUAGACAAUCCAAUUACCCCAAUAAUUUUUGAAUCUUUCCCUGAGUUGACAAAGGAAAGAUUACCCAAACGUCUCCAUGGUCAAAUCCUACUUCUCAUCAGGCAGCUAGUCAAAAAUGUAAACAAGUGUCCAUACUACCAACUCUUCAACCAUUAUUGUCCCAAUACUUAUGAAAAAGUUUCGGUUCAGGUGCUCAAAAAACUCAAAUGCAAUCGAAUUUCAAAUCUUACUCCUAAAGAAAAACAACAAUAUUGGGGCUUGAUGAAAUCCCACGACGUUUCAACACCAGAUUAUCAAGUCUUUUUGUUCUGCAAGUCAGUUUUCCGCAAAACUUUCCCAGUCGACCUCAUUGGUAAAUCCAAUUGGGGGGUUCUUUUUAAAGCUCUGGACCAGUUUGUCAAGCUCCGUAGAUUAGAACAAAUGCAACUCCAAAGCAUUGUCAGUGGAAUGUCUACAAACGAUUUGACUUGGACCUGGCCUGGUACUUCUCCUCAACCGCCACACGGUCGCCAAGAUCAUAAUAAACGCAGAGAGUUACUUCUUGAGCUUAUGUUUUGGAUCUUUGACUGUUUUGUUCCGACCCUUAUUCGCUCCCAUUUUUAUGCUACCGAGGUGUUGCAAAACGUUCCUGUAAAUAGAGUUGUUUUUUUCCGUCAUGAUGUUUGGAUCAAAGUUUCAAGUUUUGCCUUUGGUGAUUUCUGUAAACAAUCUUCCCUAGCUCGCCAAAAUAAUCCAGAGCUUUCGUUACUUGGAGCUGCACCUAUCCGUAUCAUUCCUAAGGAAGAAGUGGGCCCAUCUAUGACUAAAAUCUCAGGAUACCGACCCAUUGUGCGCAUGGGUCGAAUGCGUCAAACCUUGGCCUCAACUGGUGUGGUUCAAACACCAAGUAUUAAUACCCUUUUGAAGGAUGUUUUUUCUGCUCUUUCCUUUGAGCAUACUCAAAAAAUUAAUUCCCAUGGGUUUUACAAUGUUGGUACCACUGGCUCAAUCCCUGACUUGUUUCGCCGAAUUCUCCAUUUUAAGCAACAGAUUGGCAUUGCACCCACACCCAAGUUAUUUUUUGUCAAGGUUGACAUCAAGCACUGUUUUGAUACGAUUCCACAAGCCCUUGCGCUGCAAAUCUCUAAGCGAUUAUUAAGCAACGAAUCGUUUAAAGAGUAUUUCUUACACGCUUUCAAGGUCUUUAAGGUCCCACUACCAGCCCCAUCUAAAAAAAAAAACAGACACAAACCAGCCGUUUUGGUCAAGUACAUUCGCAACCCUGAAUACAAUACAAAUACUGAAACAAGCAUGGACGUUGUACAGGGAAUCUCCAAAGACUUGGCAAAUACCUUGCGUGAGUCGGCAGUACAUGGGCCUGGCACUUUAGCCAGUAAAACAGCAAACAUUGUGGUGGAUCUUGUCUAUGGUGUUCACAAAAGUGGAGAGGACCUGGCCAACUUGUUGCAAGCUCAUUUGACUCAAAAUUUGGUUUACUUGGAAGGCAAGCGCAAAAGGCAGCUUUAUAAGCAACAAAUUGGUAUUCCUCAAGGAUCCAUUUUGUCAACACUUUUGUGUAAUCUAGUUUAUGAGGAACUUGAAGCUGAAAUUUUGGCUGACAUUUUUAAAGACUCGUCAACAUCGUCGCCCUAUCUGCUGGCCAGAUUUACUGACGAUUUUUUGUUUGUUUCGACUAACCAGGACCAUGCAGAAGCCUUUUUGAAUAAAAUGAUUACAGGUGUACCGAAAUAUGGAGCAGCAGUACGUCCAGAAAAAACAAUCAUUAACUUUGUGCCCUCGUUGCAGACCAAUAAAACAACAUUGUGCAAAGUGUUGGCCCCAGGGGAAAUUUUCCCAUACAUUGGUAUUGGUAUUGAUCCACAAACUCUUAAUAUUUUCCGUGACUUUGAACAAGAAUCGAUUUCAAAUGAGUUUACUAAAAAGAUUAAGCAGACCAUUACCCCAGUCGUUCCACAAAAUCACAAAACUUCAGUAUGCAUGGGGGUUUCUGACCGUGUCACGGUGCCUCAUCGAGGUAUUCGUUCGUCUCCAGUUUCAUUGACACGGAUGCUUUUGCACUUUAUAUCGAUGAGGUUAUUACGUGCGUUUGUUGAUUUGCGUGUCAAUUCCUGGGAGACCAUUUUGCAGAAUGUUUCUACUGUAGUUAUAGAGGUUGCACGGAGGCUUGUUUUUGCAUUAGAUAUGAAAUGGGGGUUUACACGUGUUGGUUCUUGUUUUGCACAAGAUGCUACCACCAUGAUUAAUAUUUUGGUUGAAGUCUUGGAUAAAGUAUGUUCGAUUGUGAUUCAUGUUAAUGGUCCUGAGGUUGUCCCGGAUUAUAAUGAAGGGGAAGAGAAGUUUAGCGUUUUGCAAAGAGCAGCGGCUGAUAUUGAGGCUGUGCUAGGAAUGGCAAAUAAGAGUAUAAGGCAUCAAGCUAGCUGGAGAAUUCUUCGAGUUGGGGUAGAUUAUUUAAAAAGUUUAUGA